AUGGAGAGCAGGGCGCGGAGCUCUUCACGAGAGGCCCACGGGCGAGGCGGCCGGUCCCCCGGCAAACAGAGCAAGAGGGCCACGGCCGAGAGGGGCGGCGGAGGCCGCGGGCGCCGGGAGGCCAGGCCCGAGCGGACGGGCUCCGGGCGGGCACGGAGCCCGGGCGAGCGCCGCGCGCCCGCCGCCACCGUGGUGGACGUGGAUGAAGUCCGCGGCUCCGGCGAGGAGGGCGCCGAGCUGGUGGCGCUGCUCGAGAGCGAGCGGCCCGAGGAAGGCAUCAAGACCUCUGGUUUAGGGGCCUGUGAGUGGCUUCUUGUCCUCAUUUCCCUGCUCUUCAUCAUUGUGACCUUUCCUGUUUCCAUCUGGUUCUGCAUAAAGGUUGUACAGGAGUAUGAAAGAGUAAUUAUAUUCCGAUUGGGACAUAUGCUUCCUGGAAGAGCCAAAGGCCCUGGUCUUUUCUUUUUUUUGCCCUGCCUGGAUACCUACCACAAGGUUGAUCUUCGUCUCCAAACUUUGGAGAUACCCUUUCAUGAGGUUGUGACCAAAGACAUGUUUAUAAUGGAGAUAGAUGCUGUUUGCUAUUACCGAAUGGAAAAUGCCUCUCUUCUCCUAAGCAGUCUUGCUCACGUGUCCAAAGCUGUCCAAUUUCUUGUGCAAACCACCAUGAAGCGUCUCCUAGCACAUCGAUCCCUCACUGAAAUUCUUCUAGAGAGGAAAAGCAUUGCCCAAGAUGUAAAGGUUGCCUUGGAUUCAGUGACCUGUAUUUGGGGAAUCAAAGUGGAGAGAACAGAAAUUAAGGAUGUGAGGCUGCCGGCUGCGCUUCAGCACUCGCUGGCUGUGGAAGCCGAGGCUCAAAGACAGGCCAAAGUGCGGGUGAUCGCUGCAGAAGGGGAACGGGCAGCCUCAGAGUCCCUGAGGAUGGCAGCGGAGGCUCUGUCGGGCGCCCCAGCUGCCGCCCAGCUUUGGUGUCUCCACGCCCUUCAGUCUCUGUCCGCAGAGAAGCCCCCCACUGUGGUUUUGCCCCUGCCGUUUGACCUGCUGAGUCUCCUGUCUUCUCCCAGCAAUAGAGCUCAGGGAAGCCUCCCCUUCCCAAAUACUUCCCAACCUGCUGCGCCACUAAACCCUAAAAAGAAGGACUCUCCCAUGUUAUAGGGGGGAUGGGGCAAAGGGUAAUGUGAGUGUAAAGGGGCCUGCCACAUUCCUUAGUGAAGUCCUCUGUCCUCACUUCCUGUCCUUCCUGUGGCUGCCAGCCACAGGGAGUGCCCUGGAAGGCAUGAAGCCACAACCCAGCAACAUACGUGACAGGACAGUCAGAUGACGUAAUGACAGAGAAGCCAUGCAACGACUUUAGAUGGACCAUCUAAUCAGAACAAUUAUGAGAGAGAGCUUUAGUCAACAUUUUACUUUGGAAAGGAUUUUCAGUCUAGAUGUGGUUAAAUUUUGACUUCUCAAGAAUUUAGUUCAGAUGGCCUUUUACUGCAUGGCCGCAGCCCCUUAGGCAAGGUCAUUGCAGCUCCCACAGCCCUUUCUACGAGCUCCUUUCCUUGGCUUGUCACACUCUACUGUAACUCUGUGCUUCAGAAGCAGGCUUCUGGCCAGGCGAGGCUCGCGCCUCUGAUCUUAGCAGAGGCCUAGGUAGGUGGGUCGCUUGAGCUCAGGAGUUUGAGACCAGCCUGAGCAACAGUGAGACCUCGUCUCUACUAAAAAUAGAAA